UUUUUUUCUUUCUCUUUUUUUUUUUCUUUUACACCUUUUUCUUUUUUCGACUCAAUGACUCGGCGAUGAAAUCAUGCUGGCGCUGGGCUGGAUGCAUCCCCAUCGCUUGCCUCCCGAAUUCCGUAAGGGGAUGGAGGGAGGAUGGAAGCGUCGUCUUUACUACUACAGGUACCCUCUGUUUCCCGCCCGGUCUCUCUCUAUGUAGGUGCCCAUCGCCCAUUCUCCUCCGUAAUUCCUUUCGUUUAUUCUCGUUCGCUGCGAUGACUGUCUCUUCCUCCUGCCCCCCGUCCGAGGGCAGCUCCCCUCUGCCCACUCCAUUGUUCUCCGCCCCAUCCACGCCGGAGACGGAGCGCGAUGAGGAUUGCUUCGAACUGGCCCUAGCUGCGCUGCCGGCCGUCAGUGCGGCCACCGCGCAAUACAUUCUCGUCACGGGGGGACUGGGCUACAUCGGCAGCCACACGGCGCUGGAGCUGCUCAAGGCGGGCUACAAUGUGCUGCUGGUGGACAAUCUCAGCAACAGCUACAAGGAAGUAUACGACCGGAUCGUGCGAGCGGCCAAACAGCACUACGAGCGUGAGGGCCGGGGCCGCCAAUGUCCGCAGGCGGAACUGGCGUGUAUGGACUACCGCGACUCGCAAGCGAUGCGAACCCUCCUGGCCACGCACGCGAGUGGCAGCAGCAGCAGCAGCAGCAGCAGCAGCAGCACGAACGAGGAGGGCGACGCUGCCAGCCGGAUCCCCGCGCGCUCCAACAUCACGGGCGUGAUCCACUUCGCGGCGUACAAGGAGGUGCAUGACAGCCUGCGCAACCCCCUGAAGUACUACCAGAACAACAUCAGCGGGCUGGUGGACUUUGUCGCCCUCCUGGACGAGCACGACAUCAAGACCUUCAUCUUCUCCUCCUCGGCCAACGUCUACGGCACCCUCUCGGCGACCCACCGCACCCUCCGCGAGGAGCACUGCGUGCACCGGCCAGAGGCCUACUACGCGGCGGACGGACAGGAGCUCGUCGCCGUCGAGCAAGGCUGCACGGGGAUCACCAACCCGUACGGACGCACCAAGUUCUUCGGCGAGGCGAUCCUGUCGGACCUGGCCGCGUCGGACCCGUCGUGGACGAUCAUCGGGCUGCGCUACUUUAACCCGGUCGGGUGCGAUGCGUCGGGUCUGCUGGCCGAGGACCCGCGGGGCACGCCGUCGAACCUGGUGCCGGUGGUGGUGAAGGUGCUGACGGGGGAGCUGCCGGAGCUGUCGAUCUACGGCGACGACUGGAGGACCCCGGACGGCACGGCGAUCCGCGACUUCAUCCACGUCUCGGACGUGGCGCGCGGCCACAUCGCCGCGCUGGCGGCCGCGCAGGAGGGCCGCGUCGUCGAGCCCUUCCGCACCUUCAACCUGGGCACGGGCUGCGGGCAUUCGGUCGCCGAGGUCGUCGCCACCAUGGAGCACAUCAGCCACCAGCCCAUCCCGCGACGGACGGCGGACCGCCGCCCCGGCGAUGUGGAAUCGUGUGUCGCCAUCGCCGACCGCGCCGCCGUGGAGUUGGGCUGGAAGGCGGAGCGCUCGUUGCAGGAUGCCUGUCGCGAUUUGUGGCAUCAUCUCCAGGCGGAGGGCAGGUUGAGCGGGACUGCCAUCAAAUCCUGAUGCACGCGCUGUUGUUCUUGGUUUCUUUUUUUUACUCUUGAGAAAUACCCCCAGCGAGCUGAGCUGAGCUGGGAACCGCUCGGAACAGCUGAAGUUAGAUUAGGGCUGUGGAGAAUUCGACCGUUGCUCGGAAAUGCAAGGGCCAUGAAAGUUUCCAGUGGCAUUGAUAGUAACAGGGGAAGUCGUGCCACGGCCCGCGAUUGGUGGGGUUGGCAGCUGUCACUUGGAAUGCUUAGGUUUGCGUCUUGAUUCUUUUUCUUGUUCUUUUUUUUUUU